AUGACAUUGACCAGAUCGGAGGUUCGAAAACAUUCAACCAAGAAAAGCUGCUGGGUGAUCAUCAACAACGCUGUAUACGAUGUCACCGAGUUUGUGGACUCACACCCAGGCGGAUCCAGGAUUAUAAUGAAAUAUGCUGGGCGCGACGCCACUGAGGCCUUCCAACCCAUUCACCCCGCAGAUACCCUGGAAAAGCAUCUCACUCCGCAACAGAGUCUGGGGCCCAUUGCUUCAGAAGCUUCCUCAUCACAAGAACGGCCCGAGUCACGCAACCCAAAACAGAAACCAAAGGCUUCCACCCAGAGAAAAGCCAAGUUAUCCUCAAUCAUCAGCGUGGCAGACUUCGAAUUAGCCGCGUCCCGUAACCUUCCUCCAGGAUCUUUUGCAUUUUUCAAGAGCGGCGCUGAGGACGAAUAUGCUGUCAACUGGAAUCAGGAAAGUUGGAAAGCAAUACGCCUCCGACCCCGUAUACUGCGACCAGUUGAAAGCAUUAAUACAUCGUGCUCGAUCUUGGGAACCAAAUUCUCUUCACCCUUCUUCAUUUGCCCUGCUGGCGGUGCAAAUCUGGCCAUCCCUCAAGGAGAUGUGCUCUUGACCAAGGCCGCUGCUAGGCAUGGCAUCCUGCAAUGGGUGUGCAACAAUGCCGGCAGUACUCAACAAGCCAUAGCCGAUGCACGUAUACCAAAUCAGACGUUAUACUGGCAGAUUUAUGCCAUGGCCGACUUGACUAUCACUGAGCGUGAGAUCAAGCAGGCUGUUGAGCUGGGAUACAAAGCUUUUGCUUUGACUGUUGAUGCGGUCAGGGCUGGGAAACGAGAGCGUGAUGUGCGAGCGAGUAUCUCCGAAACCGAGGACGCCGAGGAGGAUGAAGAGGAAGAGGACGAAGAUGAGGACGGCUUCACCAAGGGGCCAGCAGUCAAACGCCCACCGGUCUGGUCCAGUUUUGACUGGAUCUCCGCGGUCAAGUGGCUUCGAGGUCUGACAGACCUACCAAUUGCCAUCAAAGGCAUCCAACGCUGGGAGGAUGCAGCACUGUGUAUGCAUUACAAAGUUCACCCUUGGCUCUCCAACCAUGGAGGUCGACAGUUAGACGGCGCGCCCUCUUCGCUAGAGACACUUGUCGAUAUCCGCAAGCACUGCCCCGAAGUCUUCGACAAGUGUGAAGUCUUUGUGGAUGGCGGUAUCCGCAGAGGCUCCGAUAUUGUCAAGGCACUUGCGCUGGGGGCAAAAGGGGUUGGAUUGGGCAGAUCGUUUUUGUUCUCCCUGGUCUUUGGUGAAGCAGGGGUCAACAAGGCCAUUCGAAUCCUCAACCACGAGCUUGAGACUACCAUGGCGUUGAUGGGCGUCACUUCACUCGAUCAGCUCAAUCCUUCCUAUGUAAGUGUCCUCCAUGCCCUUCCGAAGAGGGACUCGCACUAA